GUUGCCAACCAAACGGGCCGCAAUUUUUGAAAGUGCAGCGUCACUGAGACUGUCAGACAGUUCGUCUACGUGUCCGGUAUUUCGAAAUCCAUUCUCCAGCACGGUACCGACCCGUCACCAACUCCUUCGAACGUGCCUUCUCUCUCUUGAGCUUUCGAUUCGAAGAAUCAGAAUCUGUUACUUUCUGUAAAUUGCGGCAAUCCCUGGCACAUAAUCUUUUUCGAACUCAGUCGGAGAUCUGGAUCAGCAGCGGCAAGAAAACUCCCAGGUAUCGGCGAUGGCGUCAAUGAAACGACGGAGUUCAUCUUCUUCUUCAUCAAGUUCCGCCGAAGUUUCGUUGGGAGUAGAUGUUGAAAUCAGGAGUGGCCGUGAUAGCAAGGAAUUGGAGAGCAUAGAGGCCAGUGCUGCUGCUACUGCUGCUGCUGCUGCUGGUUUAGUAAAUAACGGAGGCACUGGUUCUCCAGGAACUUCUGGCAGGACUUCAUCUGAAGUAAAUACUUUGCCUACGGAUGUGCCAAGUGUUGAGAAAUCAGUAGGAACUUCGAGUCAGCAUAAGUUAGAAAAAGCAAAAACAGAGAGGCAGAGACACAAUAUACUUGCUAAAGAGGCAGCCCAAAUUUUUGAUGACAAGAUUUCUGUCCAGCAGAAGCUGAAAUUGUUGAAAAGAAUAGCUACUGUGAAGGAUGAUGGAACUGUGGAAUUUGAGGUUCCAGGAGAUGUCGAGCCCCGAGUUCUUGGUACUGGAUCUGAGGAUGUAUAUAAUGAAGUUGUUAGUGAUGAACCUCUUGAUGCGACAGACCUUCGAUAUAUACCGCCACUUCAAAUAGUAAUGCUCAUUGUUGGUACCCGUGGAGAUGUUCAGCCAUUUGUCGCGAUUGGAAAACGCCUCCAGGAUUAUGGACAUCGUGUUAGACUAGCCACUCAUUCAAAUUUUAAGGAGUUUGUCUUGACUGCUGGGCUCGAGUUUUAUCCUCUAGGCGGAGAUCCGAAAAUUCUUGCUGAAUAUAUGGUAAAAAAUAAAGGCUUCUUACCGUCCGGGCCUUCUGAGAUACCUGCUCAACGAAAUCAAAUGAAGGAAAUUAUAUACUCUUUACUUCCUGCUUGCAAAGACCCUGAUCUGGAUUCGGGUAUCCCUUUUAAGGCAGAUGCAAUAAUAGCCAAUCCUCCAGCGUACGGGCAUACCCAUGUGGCAGAGGCACUACAAGUUCCCAUUCAUAUAUUUUUCACAAUGCCAUGGACACCUACUAGCAAAUUCCCGCAUCCUUUGUCCCGUGUCAAGCAGCCUGCCGGAUAUCGUUUGUCAUACCAAAUAGUUGAUUCAUUGAUAUGGCUGGGAAUACGGGACAUGAUAAAUGAUGUUAGAAAAAAAAAGCUGAAACUACGGCCUGUUACAUAUCUUAGUGGUUCACAAGGAUCUGUUUCUGAUGUGCCCCAUGGAUAUAUAUGGAGCCCUCACCUCGUUCCAAAACCUAAAGAUUGGGGACCUAAGAUUGAUGUGGUUGGAUUUUGCUUCCUUGAUCUUGCAUCAAAUUAUAAACCCCCUGAAUCACUUGUCAAAUGGCUUGAAGCUGGUACAGAGCCUAUCUAUAUUGGAUUUGGUAGCCUUCCUGUUCAAGAGCCGGAAAAGAUGACCCAGAUCAUUGUUGAAGCAUUAGAACAAACUGGACAAAGGGGAAUAAUUAACAAAGGGUGGGGUGGCCUUGGUAAUCUGGCAGAACCAAAAGAUUUCAUUUACUUAUUGGACAAUUGCCCUCAUGAUUGGCUGUUCUUACAAUGCAAAGCAGUGGUUCAUCAUGGUGGUGCUGGAACGACGGCAGCUGGUCUUAGAGCAGCGUGCCCAACAACUGUUGUACCUUUCUUUGGCGACCAACCUUUCUGGGGAGAUCGAGUCCAUGACAGACGUGUAGGCCCUCCACCCAUCCCAGUUGAUGAGUUUUCACUUCCCAAGUUGGUUGAGGCCAUAAAGUUUAUGCUAGAUCCUGAGGUGAAGAAGCGCUCAGUUGAACUUGCCAAGGCCAUGGAGAAAGAAGACGGGGUAAAUGGAGCAGUGAAAGCUUUCUUUAAGCAGCUUCCUCACAAAAAGCCAGAGCGUGAGGCUUCACCAGAACCUUCAAGCUUUUUCUCCUUUAGUAGGUGUUUUGGUUGUUCCUGAAUCACACAUUUUUGCCUUCUUGCCCUUCCACGUUCCUGUUUUGGCCAAUGCAUAUCCAGUUACAGCAUUGUAUUUCGAAAGGUUCUUCCUUACUAACAAGAAUGUGGUUACUUCUUUUCAUUAGUAGAGUCCUCUGCCAGGGAAUGCUUCCCGGAAUUGUAGUGUAUGUACAUUUUAUUAUUCAUCUGAAGGCUGUAAAAAUAAAGUAGAAUCCCGCACUGGCAUUGAAAAAGAAAGAGCUUUUUAGAAAGAGAAUUUUUUAGAGAGAGAGAGAGAGGCUGUUACGGAGACUUAAUUGACACUUCUGUUGAUGUUGAAUCAUGAUGUUUGCCCGAAUUGAACCUACUGGAGGUGGGUAUGUGGACAAAAAUAUUUUUUCUCCUCUUUCAUUUAAA